UAAGGUCAAAGCAGGGACUGCAACUUUUAACCGGAUAUUUCAGAUUCUAAAAUGAAGUUGUGUCUAUACCAGCGCAACAUUGUGACCGCAUCCAAAAUUCGAGGUUUUGGCUGAAAGCAGGAGAAAAUCAGUGGUUUCCACUCGGUUUGUUUUGAGAUUUGUUGGAACGUGAUGUUCAAUUCAUGCUGAGUUUAAAAGAAAGAACGAAAAACUCUACCUUAAAAGCCAGGGUUCAGUUCGGUUUUUAAAGCACAACUGCCCAGGGCUGACUAGUACUUUCCCGCUUAAGCCCAGGCGGGGCGCUGAUUCCUGACUCGACGGAGCUCUUCAAAGCAAAAACUGCUGGCGACAGGUGCACGCUUGGGGCUGUCCUGGCUUUCGCGGUCACUUCCCAGCAGUGAGAAAUGGGCUUCCGAUGUGCUGGGGCCAGUCAUUAGAUUAGACUUUGAAAAACGUCCGCUCUGAAGCAGGAGCCAUAUAAGCUCCGCGGGGAGCGGACGGGACAGUGGCGCCGAGCUCAGCCCGACCCACGCCUCGGAGCGGCGGCAGCUCCUAGCUCUGCCCCCGGCCGCAGAGGAACAGUCCGAGCGGAGGCUCCUGCUGCCCCUGCCUCGCCGGAGCGGGGCCCAGCCCUGGCAGCGGGGCGCUCGCUGCCCACCAUGGGCUGCGGCCAGGGCGCCUCUCUCCCAGCUCCUCCGGGCAGCGCCCCCGAGCCCCAGCCCCAGCCCCAGCCCCAGCCCCGGGCUUAGCCGCAGCGGCCGGCGCCAUGGGGGGCGGCUGCGAGAACGGCAGCGCGCUGAGGGUGGAGGGCGAGGCGUGGGCGGGGUCCCCGUGCGACGAGCGCCUCUGCAGCUCCCUGCCGCUGCCCGCGCUCAUCCCGGUCACCGCCGUGUGCCUCGGCCUCUUCGUGGUGGGGGUGGCGGGGAACGUGCUGACCGUGCUGAUCCUGCGGCGCUGCCGGGAGCUGAAGACCACCACCAACCUGUACCUGGGCAGCAUGGCCGUGUCCGACCUGCUCAUCCUGCUGGGGCUGCCCUUCGACCUCUACCGCCUCUGGCGCUCCCGGCCCUGGAUCUUCGGCCAGCUGCUCUGCCGCCUCUCCUACUACCUGAGCGAGGCCUGCACCUACUGCACCAUCCUGCACAUCACGGCGCUCACCGUGGAGCGCUACCUGGCCAUCUGCUUCCCGCUCAAGGCCAAGGUGGUGAUCACCAAGCGCCGGGUCAAAGCGGUGAUCGGGGCCCUGUGGGCCUUCGCCCUGCUCUCGGCUGGGCCCUUCUUCUUCCUGGUGGGCGUGGAGCAGCGGGACAACCAGACCGACUUCAGCCGCGAGUGCCGGCUCACACCGCUGGCCACCGAGUCCGGCCUGCUGGGCAUCAUGUUGUGGGUCACCACCAGUUACUUCAUCCUGCCUGUCCUCUGCCUCAACGUGCUCUACGGCCUCAUCGGCAGGGCGCUGUGGAGGAGCAAGGUCCGGCCCCAGGGCCCCAACGCAGCCCUCAGGGAGAAGGGGCACAGACAGACCAUCAGGAUCCUGGCUGUGGUGGUUCUGGCGUUUAUAAUUUGCUGGUUGCCAUUCCAUGUGGGCAGGAUCAUAUUUAUAAACACUCAGGAUACCAGCAUGAUGCUUUUCUCCCAGUACUUUAAUAUAUUCGCUUUGCAGCUUUUCUAUCUGAGCGCAUCCAUCAACCCAAUCCUCUACAACCUCAUUUCAAAGAAAUACAGGGCAGCUGUCUACAAACUCCUGCUCCCACGCAGAUCUGGAGAAAGGGCUUUCAGUGCUACCCGAGAUACUGGUGGCUACACUGAGACCAGCACUAGCAUAAAAAAAGAGUACAUAACCCCCUUCUGAGACUGCUUCACGGAUGGACUUCUAGAGAGAUAAUCUAUAAAGGAAGGGCAGUUAAUUCUAGCAGUAUAGUCAUAAAAGACUAGAUUUUUGUUUUGCUAUUUGUGGAGUUUUAUAAUUCUUUGUAUUUUUUCUUAAUACUUGUAUUGUUCUGUUAACAGAGAAAAUGAAUAGGCAACUUAGAACUGUGAGACUGGCAUAGAACUAGUGAAAGGCAACAAAAUAGCAAAGGGCAAGGUGACGUCAAUUACCUAGAAACCCCAUUGUUAACUUAUUACAUGUCAAUCAGUAAAAAUUGCUAUGUAAAAGUGUGUGAGAGACAGUGCCAAAUAUUGAGGUUGUUCUGUUUGGGUUUGCUAGCCAAGGAACCUCCAAGAGCGCCUUUGCCCUUUUGAAAUUGAUUUCUCAUUAACAAGAUCUUACAAACUAUAAGAAUCAUAGAAUAUCAGGGUUGGAAGGGACCUCAGGAGGUCAUCUAGUCCAAUCCCCUGCUCAAAGAAGGACCAAUUCCCAACUAAAUCAU